ACAACAUUCCCGAGUCUCAACUCUCAACUCGAAACCAUCAUCAUCAUACACUAGUCAUCUGUCAAGUGAGCCUGUCUCUGAUCGCAGGGAGAGGUUCCGGAAGUGCGUCAACGCCAAUUCAUUCAUCUUCCAUCCGACUUCUUGGCCCAUAUUUCGACCGUCGAGGGGAUGAAAGGAGCAGGUCUCGUGUCGGCGUCGGCAUCAGAUCCUUAAAUCCCCUCUCCUGUGUGGUCUAUCCCGCCUCGAAUCCCGACAGCAGGAUACAGGAUCAUGAACCUGUUUCUGAUAUUGAGUCACAUCCUCGCUGUCCUCCUUCCCUUCUUCCUCCUCGUUCAUGCCUCCCCUUCACCGGAUCCAGCCCCCGCUCCAGCUAUCGUCUCUCUUCCUCCACGGCCCUCGAACCACGGCCCAUCUGGACGUGUAGAACCCGAAAGGAUAGAGGACGAACAUGAUCUACUACCAUAUGUUCUCAUAUCAACGAUCGACGGUGGCCUUCAUGCCGUCGAUCGCGACAAGGGCAAGAUCUUGUGGAGCUUGACUGAAGGCGUUGAACCAUUGGUAGGCGGUGGGAGUAUGGGAGAGGGUUUGGAGGAGUUCAUCGUCGAGCCCUUGACUGGUGGCUUGUUCCUUUUCGAAGAUGACGAAGGAGCAGAGUCGCCAAAGAUCAGAAAGCUUCCCUUGACCGUGGAGCAACUUAUCGACAUAUCUCCCUUCACAUUCCCUCAAUCACCCUCCCGCAUCUUCACCGGGUCAAAGCAAACGUCUCUUCUGACUAUCGACCUACGGACCGGUGAACAGGUCGACUACUUCUCUAACAGUAAUCUCAACUUCUCCUCGAGAACAUGUGCGAACGACCAGAUGUUGGACAACAUGGAUCGUUCCACUCGCUCCAGUCGAGAUACACUAUUCGUCGGUCGAACAGAUUAUCGCCUGGUCAUCCAUUCCACGCCUCACCGUCAGUCCUCGCCCGAUGCCACAUUCAGCCUCUCUGGACGCAAAGACGCAGACGAGGCGGAGGGUGUACAGGAAAUCGUCUACUCAACUUAUACGCCAAACACCUACGACAAGGCUCUUGCGGAACAAUGGAGCAAGAUUGGAGUGGAUGAGAAGUUCUGGGAAGCUGAUGGAAGCGAGUCAAAGAGGGUUCGCGUGGAGCUCAAACACGAUGGGUUCGCCGUUGGUAUUGAGAGGGGAGUUGGUGUCAAGUGGACAGAGAAGUUGAGCAGUGUGGGUAUCGCCGUCUACGAUAUCCUUCUGCCUCUCGCCCAUCCUUCGGCAAACCCAAUCCUUGUGCCACAGCCGCCAUCCAGCAUCAGAUCUGUUUCUGCGGUCAACUCGGACGAUGGGCAGAGAGCCAAUGUAUUUGGUAAAGCGCCGUCGACGUUCAUCGCUUCAAUUUCAUCUGCCUACCUCUCGCUACCAUCUACUGGAUCGGACUCGUCCCCGAAUCAGUCCGAUAUCGGUGAUGACGGGGUUGAGGUCAUUGCGCCAAGGCCUUUGUUAUACGCUUUGUCUUCCGACUCCUAUCCCUUGGUGAACUUCGCGCCUCCACCUCAACCUGGUCACCUAUCAGGCGGUUCGUUCGUGGUGUCCGAAGAUCUGCCUACGCCUUAUCUAUUGGAUCCGCCAAAAGAGAACGCUGUUCCCGCAAUAACGGACCAGGAGGAGAAGACCCCUCUCGAGCCCUCGCAUUUACCAGAUAGCGGUGUCGAAAGUCCUUCAAGGAAAAUUAUCUGGUCGCUUGUCGGUCUGCUCGCUUCGCUUUCCAUCCUUGGCGCCUUCUGGUUCGGAAAGAAUCGCCAAACGUCAGUCACAACCAGCAACGCGAUACCGGAUGAGCGCACCCAGCUUCUCGUUAUUGAGGAGAAAUCGGCUGUAGUUGAAAAGGUGGAUCCCGUCUCUAAAAGUCUGGAGCCAAUCACAGUGACCAGCAGACCUGCAUCGGACGACAGCGAGGCUGACGCCAUCGAUACGGCUUCAAAAAAGGAGACUGUCAACACGGCUAUCAAGAAAAAGGACGACGCCGAAGCGACUCCGAAGAAGAAGACCAAUCGUCGACGAGUCAGAGGCAAGAAGAAGAAGGACAAUCAGGUCUCUUUCGCGGUCGCCUCUGACGACGAAGAGGAAGACGAUGACAAGACGACUGUCUCCUCGAAGUCCAGCUCGAAAGCCAGUCCACCUUCAACCGUCCUCAAAAAGGAUGAGAAACCUCUUCCCGAAUUACCCAGAGUCCUUGAAGCGAACGAUCCAGUCGGACCGAACGAUACGCAGAGACUGGUAAUUUCAGACGAAGCCAUCGGUCGUGGAUCCCACGGAACCGUCGUGUUCAAGGGCUUUUGGGGAGCGCGUAAGGUUGCAGUGAAGCGAUUAUUGAGCGAGUUUACCCAAAUUGCAUCGCAAGAGGUGAAAUUGCUGCAAGCCAGUGAUGAUCAUGUCAAUGUCAUCCGAUACUACUGUCAGGAGAAGAGGGACAACUUCCUAUUCAUCGCACUGGAUCUCUGCGACGCGUCGCUUGCAGAUUUGGUUGAGAGUCCCGACAGACAUCAGGCUUUGGCGCCUUUGUUGGAUCCUAAAAAGGCACUUAAAGAGAUCACCUCCGGAGUGAAGCACUUGCACAGCAUGAAAAUCAUUCACAGGGAUAUCAAACCGCAGAAUGUGCUCGUGUCGAAGACUAAAGAUGGAUCUUUACGCAUGGUUGUUUCGGACUUUGGUCUCGCUAGACAGCUGGAUCAAGGUCAAUCCUCCUUUGCGCCCACGGCCAAUAACCUCGCCGGAUCUCUUGGCUGGCGAGCUCCCGAGUGUAUCCGAGGCCAAGUCAAACUCAGUGACGUGAUGGAUCCAUACUCCACUUCGGGCUCUUCCUUUGGCUCUAUGACCAAUUUGGACAACCUAUUAUCGGAUCUGGCCGCCGAUCUCGAUGUGAUUCGGGGCAUGGACAAGGGCCAUGCAAGAUUGACUAAAGCCGUCGAUAUAUUCGCCUUGGGAUGUCUAUACUUUUGGCUAUUACGAAACGGCGAGCAUCCUUAUGGAGAAGCUUACGAUCGAGAAAGUAACAUUGUCAGGGGAGAUGUCGUCAAUAUGGGUCAUCUGGAUGAAUUGUGGGAGGAAGGCGUUGAGGCGAAAGAGUUGAUAGGACGGAUGUUAUCCCUGGAUCCCUCCCAAAGACCGGACACAUCAUCAUGUCUGAUACAUCCCUUCUUUUGGACCCCUGCCAAACGGUUGGCGUUCUUGUGUGAUGCUUCGGAUCGAUUCGAGAUCAUGGAGCUCGAGCCGCCGGAACCGACAUUGGUCUUACUGGAGGACGACGCAGCCUCAGUCGUUGGGAAAGAUUGGUAUUCCCGUCUCGACAAGGUAUUCACGAACAACCUCGGCAAGUAUAGAAAGUAUAAGGGGAAUUCAGUCAGGGAUCUGCUUCGUGCGAUGAGAAACAAGAAACACCACUAUCAAGACUUGGAGCCGGUCGUCAAGAGACAUCUUGGGUCUCUGCCAAUUGGUUUCCUGCACUACUUUACCUCACGCUAUCCGAAGUUAUUCCUCCAUGUUCACGGAGUCGUACGUGAUAGUCGACUGCGGCACGAGAGUAUGUUCGAGGCGUACUUUGCGGAUUCUGCGUGAGACUGAGACUGAGAGGUUCAAAGGUCAUAUUUGUAUGCUCUACACUGUUGUAUACUAGUCUUUUGUCGCCCUAUUCGUGCGUCACACUGCAUAUGUACUCUUAGUGCAUGUCUACCACCAAGCCGGACGACACAACGUCAUGGAUCGGAUUUGACCGACGAAGAUGGGAAAAAUGCGCAC